AUGGCGGAUUCCCAUGCGUUGCCCGAAACCCAAUUAGCAUCUGAGAUCAAUGAUCAGCUCGAACGAAAAGACAUAAUCACUUUUAUGGAUGCUAAAUGGUACAAUGCUGCAGCAGAAGGCCAAAUCAACCCGUUCAGACAUUACACAGACCCUCUAGAUCUUUUGCGUACCCCAAAUCAAAAUACAGUCCUGCAUGUUUACAUCACAGCAGUACAAAAUGAAACGGAAGAAUCCACUGAAUUUGUGAAAUUAGUUAGCAGAAAGUGUCCAUCGCUGCUAGCUGAGCCCAACAUCAAAGGUGAAACCCCACUGCACAUUGCAGCAAGAUUCGGGCACAAAAAUAUAGUCGAAUUUCUUAUUCAUAGCAUCAAAAAGGCUCAAUUCGAAGACCUUGAGAGAGGCGCAGAGGCAUCAACAAGUGAUAAGAUGCUGAAGAAGACAAGCACAGACGAAGACACGGCCUUACAUGAGGCUGUGAGAAAUAAUCAUCCUCAAGUGGUGGAAAUAUUGAUUAGAGAAAAUCCUGAAUUUGCGAACACAGCUAAUGCCGCAGGAGAAAGCCCGCUUUACCUUGCAGCGGUGAGAGAGAACACUAGCAUUGCUUCUAAGAUAUUGGAGAUAUGUCUCUCACCUGCAUACACCGGUCCCAACGGUAGAACAGCUUUGCACGAAGCUGUGAUAAGUGGAGAUGCAGAUUUGACAAGAAAAAUACUGGAUAAAAACAGCAGUCUGACCAGAGAACAAGACAAAGAAGGAUGGACUCCGCUGCAUUAUGCUUCCUACUUCAAUCUUCUUCCAAUUGUGGAAAUGUUACUUGAAGAUGAUAACAAAUCUGCUGCCUAUAUUGGCGAAAAUUAUGGAAAGACACCUCUUCAUAUUGCAAUUCUCAAUGGCAAUAGCCAUUUAAAGAGGCCGGAAUGUUCUCCAUUUUGCUGUGGAAAGCGGCAGUUUUGA